GUUCUAAAAUCAAGAGAAAGAGUAAUUAUCGGAACGUCUAGUAUGCCCAUACGAUUCUUCCUCUUGCCAAUUUGAUUUCCAUAAAUACACGUUCAUAUCUUUUCUCUUUAUUCCCAACACGAGAAAAAUGGAUGGCAAAACCUUGAUUUUCCCCUUUUUAGCAAUAGUUUUAUUCAUCACACAAACACCUACAGCUGCCAAAGAGUCCUCUAGGCCAGCUGCCUACACAAACUUCAUCAAAACCAAAUGCAACAUCACCACAAACCCUUCACUUUGUGUGAAAACAUUAAUGCCCUAUGCUUCUACAGUGAAAACCAACCCCAGAAUACUUUGCAAAGAAGCCCUUAAAGUAGCCAUAAAAGGCGCACGCAGCGCCUCUCUCAUUUUCUGGAAUCUGAAAAAACAGGAUGGAAUUUCCCAAUAUGAAGCCGGGGCUAUUAGAGACUGCGUAGAAGCAGUGAAAACUGCAGUGCACGAACUCAAGCAGACUGUUAACACAAUAGGACAUCUAAGUGGUGCUGAAGAUAAAGAAUCUCAGUUGCAUAACGCUAUAUCGUACGCAAGUUCUGCAUUAACAAAUGCAGAAACAUGCAUCGAUGGGUUCUCCGAAUCAGAGGAAAAGGUAAACCCAGACGUGAAGAAGGUGAUAGAUAAAAGCAUCACUGUUAUUAAAACACUAGCCAGCAAUGCCUUGUCACUCAUUAGCGAUCUUUAAUUUGUGAAUUCAGAGACUGGAUCCAUA